AUAAUAAACCUAAAGCUUCAAGACUUCAACACAAAGAGAGGAGUAAAAGAUGUGCAAAGGCGUUAAAGAAGAAGAGAGAAGAGGAGAUGAAGGAGGAUGCCAGAGACUUUGCACGGAGAGUCCAAGAGCUCCGGUGAGCUGUGAGCUUUGCGGCAAGGACGCAGCCGUGUAUUGUGAGGCAGAUGCGGCUUUCCUUUGUAUGAAAUGUGACACAUGGGUCCAUUCUGCUAAUUUUCUUGCUCGGAGACAUCUCCGGAGCGUGAUCUGCUCGAGCUGUCGGAAGUUAACUCGUCGUUGUCUUGUCGGAGAUAAGUUUAAUGUUGUUUUACCGGAGAUAAGGACGAUGGUACGAGGUGAAGAAGAUAGUAGUGAUCACAAAGUCCCCUUUGUGUUUCUCUGAUUUUGUUUUGUUCUUCUUCGUAAUUAAGGUUAAAUCUUGAUAGGAUUUAUGUAAUAUUUAUUCUUAUAAAAAAAAUAUUGUUGGAAAAUUAAAUUCUUAA